UUGUUGGCUUAGCAGCGGCGACGGUUUGUUGUUAUUUUCGCUGCAGCUGAAAACAGAUUCGGGUAAUUUUUGUUCCACAAGCAACGUUUUCCCACACUGUAGACUUUCAGGUGCGCUUGUCACAAGUUGAUAACCACCUUAGGAAUGGACUCAGACGAAGGAUAUAACUAUGAAUAUGACGACGAAGAGGAAUGUAGCGAGGAUAGCGCCGAAGAGGAGCCCGAGGACGACACCCUGGAGCUCGGUGAGGUGGAGUUGGUCGAUCCCGUGGUGGCCGGUGGAGAGCGAGACGAGUGCGCCGACACUGGCGGGGGUAGCCACGGUCCCGGGGAGGAGGAGGAAGAGGACUACCGAUUUGAGGUUUUAACUGCCGAGCAAAUCCUCCAGCAUAUGGUGGAGUGUAUCAGGGAGGUCAACGAGGUCAUCCAGAAUCCUGCAACAAUAACACGCAUCCUUCUCAGUCACUUCAACUGGGAUAAAGAAAAACUUAUGGAAAGAUAUUUUGACGGUAAUCUGGACAAGCUUUUCUCAGAGUGUCAUGUCAUUAAUCCCAGUAAGAAGUCUAGGAUCCGUACUCCAAUAAACACUAGGUCAUCGGCACAGGACAUGCCGUGUCAGAUCUGCUAUUUGAACUUCCCCAACUCUUAUUUUACAGGCCUGGAGUGUGGACACAAGUUCUGCAUGCAGUGCUGGGGAGAUUACCUGACCACCAAAAUCAUAGAAGAAGGAAUGGGACAGACAAUUUCUUGUCCCGCUCAUAGUUGUGACAUUUUGGUUGACGACAAUACAGUCAUGCGCCUCAUAACAGAUUCAAAAGUGAAGUUGAAGUACCAGCAUUUAAUUACAAAUAGUUUUGUAGAGUGCAAUCGACUGUUAAAGUGGUGCCCAGCGCCAGACUGCCAUCAUGUUGUCAAAGUCCAAUACCCAGAUGCCAAGCCAGUGAGGUGCAAGUGUGGCCGUCAGUUCUGUUUCAACUGUGGAGAGAAUUGGCAUGAUCCUGUUAAGUGUAAGUGGCUGAGAAAAUGGAUAAAGAAAUGUGACGAUGACAGUGAAACUUCAAACUGGAUUGCAGCAAAUACGAAGGAGUGUCCAAAAUGCCAUGUGACCAUUGAGAAAGAUGGUGGCUGCAAUCAUAUGGUCUGUCGAAACCAGAACUGCAAAGCAGAGUUCUGCUGGGUCUGCCUUGGUCCAUGGGAGCCCCACGGCUCAGCCUGGUACAACUGCAAUCGCUACAAUGAAGAUGAUGCCAAGGCAGCCAGAGAUGCCCAAGAGGUACGCUCCAGGGCCGCCUUGCAGAGGUACCUGUUCUACUGCAACCGCUACAUGAAUCACAUGCAGAGCCUGCGCUUUGAGCACAAGCUCUACGCUCAGGUCAAGCAGAAGAUGGAGGAGAUGCAGCAGCACAACAUGUCCUGGAUUGAGGUGCAGUUUCUGAAGAAGGCUGUGGAUGUUCUGUGCCAGUGCCGCUCCACGCUCAUGUUCACUUAUGUCUUUGCCUUCUACCUCAAGAAGAACAACCAGUCCAUUAUUUUUGAGAACAACCAGGCAGACCUGGAAAAUGCCACAGAGGUGCUGUCUGGCUACCUAGAGCGGGACAUAUCCCAGGAUUCUUUGCAGGAUAUCAAGCAGAAAGUUCAAGAUAAGUACAGAUACUGCGAGAGCAGGCGAAGAGUGCUGCUACAGCACGUGCAUGAAGGCUAUGAGAAGGACCUGUGGGAGUACAUUGAGGAUUGAGGACACGUCCCAGUGCAACGGACUCUUGAGUAUCUUGACAAACUAGAGCGCUGAUGCAAUUUAACAGGGCAGCACGGGCCUUCUGCCGCCUCUUCUCUGGCAAAACAACAAUUUUUUGCAUCAUUUUUCCUGGAUUUGUUUAACAAAAUCUUAAAAAUAAAUUAUAUUUAAAUAAAAGGUAGAGUAAUAAAAAGAAAGUGUACUACAGUAUUGUUAGCAACAGAGUGGAGUCUUGAGAAAGCAGAAAAUCCAUCAUCUUAAAUACAUCCUUUUUGGCUUGUAUUGUAACACCUUCCCUGAACAAUUUUAUUUUUCAGUUGUUUUUUUUUUUUUUUGCUUGUGAAUCUUUUCUGUUUUGAUUUUGAUUUUUUGUUUUCCCAUUAGUGUGAAAAUGUUUUCAACAGCUUUAAUUGUCCUGGCCAUGUCUGCUAUGUGUGGUGAGAUCCUUGUCUGGGUGGCUGAAUGUUGAUAGGCUGAUUGCAAGGGGCAAAGACAUUUCAGGGAGGUGGGAGGGAAAAAAAACAUCAAAAGAACAAAAUAGCAAGUCUGUAUUUUUCAAUUUGUAAAUAGUCCAUAUGCAUGGAAGUUAAAGAGCAAGAGUGGCACGUGUUCGCAUAAUUUUGAAAUAUUUAUUAUUUACCAAUAUUGAAAAGUUGUACUUGCCAUGUAGGUUGAGUCUGUUUCCUCCCUCAUAAUAUUUGGGGGUUUGGUCUUUGGCAAUAACGCAUUCGCCCUGUCAUACUCGGUCUCUUUAUAGCAGUGCACAAUUACACGUUAUCAGUAAAUCUAAAUGGAGACUGGUAAAAAAGGGUUUCUCUCAGUUGCCAAGUGAUCAGUUUUACACUUCAAGGGAAAGGUUGAAUGCACUGGCCCCGUGCUCCUCUAUUCUAACCAUUUGCUGCACCCUCUUAGUUUUUUAUAGAGGUGUUUAACAUUUAAGAACUUUACUAAUUAUUUGCAAGAGCCAAACUGAGUGACAUUCACUCUCUCUCUUUUCUUUUUUUUUUUCUUUCUUUCCCAACACGGCUUGGAGUAGCCCUCUCAAAGCUUAGCUUGCACCUUUGGGAUUGAAUGAGGGUAAUAGAAUGUACUGACGGCACAGCUUUGUAGUGCUGCUAAUUGGGCUGGAUCACUGUCAGAACAGGGUCAGACAUUUGCAUUACUCUUGCAGGAAAUACUUGGAUGGAUGGUAUGGGGCUGAUGAUGGUGGCCGCGUGUCUUUGAAGAGAUCUCUCGAUGUGCAGUGAGAGUGAACAUUGCUUUAAACAGAGCUACUCAGAUGGACUUGGGCGAACCAUAGGCGGAUGAGGAAUAGAGGGCAAACUUAUAAAGGUUGUAGGACUUUUUUAUUACGCUGUUAUGCUUCUGCAUUAAAGACUGUAUUUUCGCACAUGGGUUAAGGAUUCGAAAUGUCAGUGCCCCUCCAGGUUUUGCAUUGUUCAGUAUGAUGGUUGCUCUGGUUGUCAAGCUCUCUGCUUGUUAAUGCUCGUUCAUGUCUCUGGAAUAUGGCAGUCUUCACAAGAUUGACUGGAGGGGACAUGAAUAUACAGGCACUGAUGCAAGUCAGUUAAAACACAUCCUUUGCCCCAGGUUGAGAUUUUUGGGGAAUUCUAUCCCAAAUGCUUCUUAUGUGUUAAAACUUAUUAUUUUAUCCUAGCAAAUUAUAAACUGUAUUGUUUAUUUGAAUAAAUGUCAUGAGAAAUCUCA